UCACCGCUGGAGUGUUAUCAGUUUGUUAAAAGUUGUAUCUCGAGGAACACCAUCAGCCAGUCAGUCAGUGAAGCUGCUUACCGUAGAGACCUGACCUGCACACGCGUCUCAAGAUGUCUCGUGAUAAUCCUAACGAGACACUGCUGUGGGCUUUGAUAGAUAUGACUGAAGAAAGUGUGGCGAACGCUCUAAGGGCUGGUGCCAAUGCCAACCGAUCGAGCCCCACAGGUUCCAGUCCUCUGCACGCGGCGGCCCUCAGGGGCUCAGCGUCGAUCAUCACCACCCUCGUGGAGCACAGGGCCGAGGUGGACCAGGCCGACUCAGAGGGGUACACGCCUCUCAUGGUGGCCGCCCUCAACGGCAGGGUGGACGCCGUCAGAGCCCUCCUGGGAAGUGGCGCCGACCCAAGGCUGAUGCGUCUGGACACCGGCGAGACGGCCCUGCACAUGGCCAUGAACGGUGGGAGUCCCGGGGUGGUCAGGGCGUUGCUGGAGGCAGGGGCGGACGUCAACGCCCAGACCACAGAGGAAAAGUUCACGCCACUGCACUUCGCCGCGCAGUUGGACGCUAAAAUUUUGGCAAUUGUUUUGCUGAAUGACAUUUUGUGUGAAGCAGAGGCCAAAGACAGCAAGGGACGCACCGCAACCGAGAUGGCCAGAGAGGAGGGACACCACCGUCUGGCUGAACACCUCGACCUGUACACAACGGCCAAAAGUGUUCCUGACAAGCAACUUGUGUCAGCCAUCAUGAAGCGGCAGGAAGAGGCUACAAGGCAAGCUUUAAUGGCUGGUGCCGACGCCAACCUAUCGAGCCCCACGGGUUCCCGUCCUCUGCACGCGGCGGCCCUCAGGGGCUCAGCGUCGAUCAUCACCACCCUCGUGGAGCACAGGGCCAAGGUGGAUCAAGUCGACUCAGAGGGGUACACGCCUCUCAUGGUGGCCGCCCUCAGUGGCAGGGUGGACGCCGUCAGAGCCCUCCUGGCAAGUGGCGCCGACCCGAGGCUGACGCGUCUGGACACCGGCGAGACGGCCCUGCACAUGGCCAUGAACGGCGGGAGUCCCGGGGUGGUCAGGGCGUUGCUGGAGGCAGGGGCGGACGUCAACGCCCAGACCACAGAGGAAAAGUUCACGCCGCUAGACUUCGCUCACCAGUUCGACGCUAAGGAUUUGGCAAAAAUACUAGAGGACAACCCGCAUUGUAAUCCUGACAGAAGGCAGCCCGCUGCCGCCAAGCUGACUCAGGAGCGUGGCCACGAGACCGGGAUGGCACCAGACACAGCUGACGGAGGUUUUGCUAAGGUGCCUGUGACCUUCCCGGAGAAGCCCGUGCCGCCCAGCGAGAGUGUGUACAAGGUCUUGUCUAAACCGAGAGGUCGAGUCCUCCUUCUUAACUAUGAAGAAUUCUACAUUGAGGAAGAUGAUCGAAAUGGUGCAGCAAAAGAUAGACAGAUGCUCAAAUACCUUUUUGAGGAGAUGGGCUAUCUCGUGACUGUGUGGGUCAACUUGGACAAGGAAGAUACCAAGUUGGCUCUAAAAUCAUUUCGUAACAGUAAGGAGCUGGGGAAGGUAGACUGUGCAGUGGUGUGUGUGCUGAGCCACGGCACGAACACCGACACCUUCAUCACAUACUACGGCGAAGAGAUGACAGUGGGCGAGGUAUACGAUUUCUUCACGGAUGAGCAGUGCCCCAGCCUGAGAGGGAAACCCAAGCUGUUCCUCUUCAACUUUUGUCGAGGAAAAUGCAUUGAGACUGGAUGUGCCCUGGAUCAAGAAAAGUCGGUGGACCAAGAUGCUAUAGAGAUAGAGCAAAAGAGGACAGUCGUGCCAAACAAAAAGGAUGUCUUGAAGGAUCGCAUUUCUCUGUUUGCAUCCGUGGAGGGCGUGCGGGCUCUUCGGGACACAAAUGGGACUUUCUUCGUCCAGGCUAUCGUGAGGGCAUUCGCCAGCCUUGCCCACAGCCUCGACGUGGAGGAAUUAGCCAAGAAGGUGAACGAGCACAUUAUACCAAGGCUACAAGGAACCACGACAGAAACUCACAGCGUACUGAGGAAGAGGUUUUUCCUGAACCCAACACAGCUGCUAAGCCAGUAGACCGUGGACUGAGGUUACGCUGUGCCUUUACUGAGUGAUUAGUUUUGGUUCUAAUGCUUAAGCUGUUUUCCUUUACACAAUGUUUCUGAAGCUUUCCAGAGCGUGGGCAAUAUGAUAAAUAUUUUAUUCUUUAUGAAUAAUAAAUCAUUCUUCUUCUU